AUGGCGAAAAUCGUCCCCCCAAUGAACUUUGGCAGCGUCGAGGACGGUUUCUACCGCUCGGCCCAGCCCACAGAGCUCAACUUCACCUUCCUCGAGAAGCUGGACCUGCGCACCGUCAUCUGGGUGGGCGCCGAGGAGCCGUCCGACAUCUUCCAGUCGUUCCUCGAGUCGCAGGGCAUCACGCUGCACAACCUCGCGCCGCAGGUGUCGCUCAACCCGCACUUUCCCCCGCCCUACGGCGACACUGGCAUCGUGCGGAUGAGCGGGCAGUACCACCUCCCGCCCCUCCCGCCGCCCACGGAGCCGCUGAUCAUCCACGCCCUCACCCUCCUCCUCCAGCCGUCGACGUUCCCCACCCUCGUGUGCUGCAACCUCGGCCGUCACCGCACCGGCACUGUAGUCGGCUGCUGGCGCAAGCUGCAGCGCUGGGCGCUGAGCUCCAUUCUGGAGGAGUACAGACGAUACGCGGGCAUGAAGGUGCGCGUGUUGAACGAGCAGUUUAUCGAGCUCUUCGAUACCGACCUCGUGUCCAUCACGACAGAAACAACGGCCGUAGCAUAG